UGCAGUUUUAUGAGGGUUCGCUGUUUUAUGAGGGUUCGCUGUCCCUCUCUGGCUCGUGCCUUCCGUUUCUCAACGCGAAAGAUGGUUGGUUUGAUUUUUUGGUUCAAUUUCGAGAACGUUUUCAGGGUCACCCUUUUGUUGCUAUGAACUCUUCAUCGCUUCUCUUCUCUCUCCACUGAUAUUUUCCCCUUUCUCUUCUAAAGGUUACUAAAGAAAUCAGUGGAGCUCAAUUCUCAAAAAAAAAACAAAAAAAGGUUGAGCAGUUCUAGAACAAGAAAUGGACCACCAACAAGGUCAAGGACAACAACCCCCACCAGUCAUGGGCAUGGUAACUGGGGCUCCACCACCAAUGCCCUAUCCUUCUUACCAAACCUCUCAGGUUGUUGGUGCCACCUCUGCAGGCCCCGGCUCACCCCUGGGCCAGGUGGGCCCCGCCCAAUUUGGCACUAGCGCGCCCCACCUCCAACACCCGCUAGCAUACCAACACCUGCAACACCAACAACAAGCCCAACAAGCCCACCAACUCCAGCUCUUUUGGGCCAACCAACUCCAAGAAAUAGAGCAAACCACGGACUUCAAAAAUCAUAGUCUUCCUUUAGCUCGAAUAAAAAAAAUCAUGAAGGCUGAUGAAGAUGUACGCAUGAUCUCGGCUGAGGCCCCUGUUGUGUUUGCAAAGGCUUGUGAGAUGUUCAUCUUGGAGCUUACAUUGCGUUCAUGGAUCCACACUGAGGAGAACAAGAGGCGCACCCUGCAAAAGAAUGAUAUUGCGGCAGCUAUCACACGAACUGAUAUCUUCGAUUUCUUGGUCGAUAUUGUCCCAAGAGAUGAACUCAAGGAUGAGGUUAUAGCGGCUGGCCUUCCAAGGCCUGCAGGCCCGGGUCUGGCGGUUGGGGGUCCACCGACUGAUGCCAUGCCUUACUAUUACAUGCCUGCUCAAGCCCCACCACCCAAUGUAGCCACUAUGGUGGGGAGGCCGGUGGGUGAGCAAGGGCUAUAUGGGCAGCAGCCCCGACCGUUUGUCGGCCAACAGGUAUGGCCCACUCAGCCCAAUCAGCAACAGCAGCAAGUUCCGGAGCAAGGAAGGGGAAAUAGCGGGUAAUUGAGUUGGUGCAAGUACGUUGUAACUUUUCGUUUAUUAGGCGUUUGAGUUGAACUGCUUUUUGCUGUAACCAUUGUUGAAGAAUUUGGACGAAGCUGAUCUAGCGAGCUAGUUAUGGCAAUAUCUAAUUUUUCAUUUUUGUUAUUUUCUGAUCUCGUACAUUUUCUGGGCAACAAGUUCAAUGGGUUUCUUGUUUCUUCCUUGUUACAAGCUACUUUUGUCUGUUUAGUUUUUUGGAUGUUUAGUUGAACUCUUUUCUUGGGUGUAUCCAUUGUUGAAAAAAUAAAGGAAGUACCUCUGGAAACAUGCCUGGUUA